AAACUUCAUACCCAAAGUUUAUUCUCACCUCAAAAUGGCCAACCCCUUUGCCCUCUUCCUCCUCACUUUUCUUCUAGCCUUUACCCUAACCUCCACGAGUAUCGAAGCACGACCUCUUCACCCAGAGACAAGGCAGAGUCUCAAAGCACGAUUAAAACUGGAGGACAAAGAUGAAUCGCCCAAUUGCUGGGACUCUCUGAUCCAGCUUCAAUCAUGCACCGGAGAAGUAAUCUUGUUCUUCAUCAACGGCGAGACGUAUUUGGGCCAUGCAUGUUGCGAGGCCAUACGUACCAUUGGGCACAAGUGCUGGCCCAACAUGCUUGACACCCUUGGGUUUUCCACGGAAGAAGGGGACAUACUUCAAGGAUAUUGUGAUAAUGAUCAUGAAAUCGAAGUGUAGGCUGUCAAGAAUAUUAAUUCUUCAGGACAAGACACCGAGAUCUCCUUAGUUGGAUCAAAUUUAAGUUUGGUUGUUUAUAAAUAAUAUGUUCCCAG